CUUGCAUGCACCAUGGAGUACCGGACGUCCUGGCUCAACGUCCAAGAAACGUUACAGGCUCCUGAACCCCAGCUGUCCAAGAACCUUAGAGAGAUCUUCAAGCGCUUGCCCGGUCCGGAAGAGGAUAUCGGAUUCGUCGAAAGCUAUGUAGUCUCUAUAUGUCGCAAACUCCAGGCGGAGGCUCCUAGUCCGCUAGCAAGAGAGGCCAAGACUAGCUUCGGUCCUUUUUCGCAGGCUUGCCUGACUGCAGGGAUUGUCCAAACAAUGAUGGCUGUGGCUCGGAUAGGCUUGUCCCUAGACUCGCAGGAGGAGGAAUACAUCUCUCACUGUUACGCGAUGGACUCGCUUUGCUACCUACUGAAAAGCGGUGAUGAAUCUGAGAAGGAGAGUUUGGUGGAACAGCUAUUGCCAGAGGGUUUUGUUGCUAUCUGCCUGCGGAACAUGGGGCACGAUCUAUGUCUUUUGCGCCAAGUUGGUGUCGAUAACUUGCGCACACUAGUGGAGGGCAUUCGUCUAGAAGACAGGCCAUCCUCUGCCGUUGUUGCAGGGAUCAUGGAGAGGGCUUGUCUAUUUAUUCUACGAAGCCCCAAAGAUCCGCAAUAUUCUAUCGCACAACUGCUUGGCCCUACCACGUCGUGGCAAAUCCAGGUGUUCGCGGCUAGACAAAAUCUUCCGAAGUACGAGGCGAAGAAAUCGUACCCUCGAACUCAUGGUAUAGGCGAGGUCAGCGCAAUAUUGAUGGCACAUUUACUCCUCUGCACAUCCCCACACAGAUCGCGGAAGUUUUGCCUCGAAAUUCUCAAGCAAAGCCCACAAAUAAUAGAUCUUCUGCUGGAUUGCAUGAUUCUCGAACGAACGCCAUGGCACCCUAGUAGUCAGGUCGACACGUUGGCGGGAGAAACAUUGGUUCUGCUGUUUCAGUGGCCAAGCCAUGUUGUUCCCGGCUUAUCCAACCCGACAUACAAAUCAUUUAAAGCGUCGGAUUGGAAGGCCAUGUUGCAGGCGGUCUCCAUUUUCAUGUCUCGUGAGGACUGGUCUGAGAGGCUUAUCGAGGCAUGGAUGCGAAUACAGGAAGAAGACAUAAAGAAGUCUAUGAGGUUCUUUUACACCGCGGGUACAGACUAUGAUCCAGUACACCCCCCAACAGCGGAAAUGGUGGACGUACUCUUUGAAAACCGCGGAAAAGCCCGAAUUACAGUCCUACGAGUUCUUACCACUCUCACACAUGCAGCAGAGUCGUGUGGAAUCACCAACGCGCAGAUUGAGUCGUUUCUUCAAGUUGCCUACCACGCGAGCCGCAAAUGCAAGUCCCCACCCGAGUGCUUAGAUGCAGUGGACAAGGCACUCACCAUGGAGAAUAUCGAAGAGAUAACUCGAAAUCCUCGGCUGGAAAACAACCCAUUCAAUAUUAUUGAACUUCCAAUCACGAUCUCCCCAGAAAAUGUCCUCGGCCCUACCGCACUAAUUCGUCUGCUUGCUGUUCUCGCGCAGCGGAAGGCAUUGGCCGGGAUACAAACUCUGCGCCAUGCGCCGCCGGGCCUCUCUCCGUCCACUUCCCUCAGCCAGAUACAAAUGAUUACCCACCCGGACGUCAUUCGUCGGACAAUCAAGAUUACCCAGGAGCGCUUGAAGUACCGAAUGCAGAUGAUCCAAGAGAAUCUCACGCGGAAGAAGGGGACUUGGGCGUACCAUAUCGUGUGUGCAGCCUUCACGGGCUGCGCCGAGCUCGCAGCUGCGUUGAUUUCGCUGGAUACGCACACGGAAGGUACCUACACGACUGAGAUUCGUGGGGCGAGAAGACAGCUGGUAAUUGCGCUGGGAAACGCGUCUCAGAUGUCACUAAACGUCAAACAGUAUGAGCAGGCAUUUCACUUCGCGUGGGGAGCUGUCAGCGCAGCGGAGAAUAUCCCAGAAGAAGAAGGGCUAGACAAGAAGCUUGUGGAGAAGAACCAACAGCGAAUCAGCCAAGCGACAUUUGGGCUCGAGCGCCUUCAACAGUCUCAUUGAAAGUCAGCAGUCCGCGUCGUAAGAUUGUACUUCUUAGCAUCAACUUAGCAUUGUAGAUUAUAUUGAAAUAGCUUUGUCGUCCCUUUAUCUUUUGACCUAUCUGAGAGCGAUCAUCCUUUCAAUGUACAGUACCACAAAAACCUGUAAUUGGGUGACCAGCAUUGGUACCUCAGCUAAUGUACCUUCAAGAAGUCGCGUACGACGCUUACUGUAUACUCGAUAGAUACUACUCAAAACUUUAUACGAG